AUGCCGGAUAAGACAUUUACGGAUAUAAAUGUAAACAAAAUCCGGAUCAGCAAUAGCAAUAACAACAACAGCAUGAAUAAAGAGAGAGAGUUAGUUAGAAGAGAAGUUGAUCGAGUCACCGUAAUGGGAAUGACAGGGGACAUUUUGGGGUGGGACAAGAAGUGCCACACAUCUAAUAGGGCAACGAAUCACUUUGAUUGCUAUCAUUUUGGGACUAAACAGCCAUUACAAUCUCUCUCAUUGGCUAUUUUGUUCAUUUCAGGGUGGAGCUCUCUCGAAACCUUCAUUAAAUGUGGGGGUGUACUACUAACUCCUCCAACACUCACAUACAUUCACGUACGUUUACGUACAUCAACUCACAUACACAUACAUACAUGCACACACACACACACACACACACACAUACAUGCAUCGAUGAGCGGAAAGAUUCAUUAUAGCGCUCAAAUAGAGGGAGGGAAGAGGAAGAGAAGGGGUGACAAGGGGACAUCCAAAAUGCAUUCAAAAGAUAUACUUGAUGCAUAUCAUUUCACUUACAAAUAUACAUUAUUCCGUUUACAUAUGGAAUAUCUAAACAAAUUGUAUGAUGAUUAA